AUGACUUCAUCAGAAGAAGUUGAUGGGAUUGCUCACGAGUUGUCCAAUCUUGACUUUCACCAUCCAUUCACGCCGUAUAAGGUUCAGAAUCAGUUUAUGCAAACAGUAUAUCAGAUUCUGGAGACUGGAGAAGGACAGGUGGGAAUUUUAGAAAGCCCAACUGGCACUGGUAAAUCUCUCUCAUUAAUAUGCGCAUCUUUAACAUGGCUUCGAAACCAUAAGGCUACUGAACAGGAGGUGGCCUUGAAAGAAGCAGGAGACGCGUACAAAGACGAGCCGUCCUGGGUUGUCGAACAACUCCUGUCUCGUAAACGAGGAGAGCUCCUGAGACAAUGGGAAGACAGAGAAAAGCGUCUUGCAUCUUUUAGACUCAAAGAAAAGGUUCAAGAGGAAAGAGGCAGAAAACGACGUCGAGUGGAAGAGGUUCCAGCUUCCAUAAAAACUACAGCAGACGAGGACGCUGAAUGGUUGUUGGACACAGAUGACCACGAUGAACGUCAGGAAGAUGCUCUAUCUGGAUUGAGCAAAGAAUCGCGAGAGAUUCUUGAAAAGAUCGGGCUAGGAAACCGUAUUAAGCAAACGGAUAGCGACGAAGAAAUUAUCGAAGAGAAAAUUAAGAUCUAUUAUACAUCCAGAACGCACUCUCAAUUAUCACAAUUUAUCACAGAACUGCGCCGUCCUGUAUUUCCAUCCUCGUUACCCACUUCAGUUGCCAAGGGAUCAGAUGCCUCCCCAACAGAGCCUGUGAAGCUGUUGCCAUUAUCAUCACGCCAAAAACUCUGCAUCAACCCCUCGGUUGCUCGCCUUGGGUCUGUCCAAGCCAUCAAUGAUCGCUGUACGGAACUUCAACAAGCAAAGUCCAGCACUAAAUGCUCAUUUGUGCCCAAAGAAGAGCUUCUUAGCCAAACCCAUCAGUUUCGAGAUUCCACCUUGGCGACUCUCCCUGAUAUCGAAGAUCUCCAUCAACUAGGCAAGUCUCUGUCAGUAUGCCCUUAUUAUGCCUCCCGAGUGGCCCUACCCGGAGCCGAAAUCAUCACGCUUCCAUACCCGCUUCUAUUGCAACGGAGUGCUCGCGAGGCACUAGGCAUAAAGCUUGAAGGUAAUGUCGUCAUAAUAGACGAGGCGCACAAUAUUCUCGAUGCAAUCUCCAACGUGCAUGCGGCAGAGCUGCAAUUGAGUGACCUUCGUAGAGGUCGCCAGAUGCUUGGGGUGUAUGUCAAACGAUUUGGAAAAAAGCUAAAGGGCAUAAAUCGAGUAAACGUGGGAAGAGUAGGAAGGGUCAUUGACGGCCUUACUGAGUGGUUGGAAGGAGCGUUGAAACUCAAGGACGAACAUGGUAUUGUCGAUCCAAACGAUCUAACAAGACACAAGGGCAUCGACCAGAUCAAUGUUUACGAGCUAAUCCAGUAUAUACAAGACUCAAAACUUGCAUACAAGAUUGAGAGCUAUGUCGCUCACGUAGAGAACGAUGAGGAGAGCAAAAAGUCAGGGCCCCUAAAGGCUGGAUCUCCAGUCUUACAUGCCCUCGUCUCUUUCCUUAUUGCUCUGACCAAUUUGAGCUCUGAAGGCCGUAUCUUUUACCAAAAAACUCAUGGGGCUGCGGCAGAUGUGAAGCUGACGUAUCUUCUUCUCUCGCCAACACACGCCUUCUCGUCAAUUGUUUCAAGCGCUAGAGCUGUAAUUUUGGCCGGCGGAACCAUGUCGCCAUUCCAAGACUACAAAGAUCAAUUAUUCCCUACUCUUGAUUCAACAAAGGUAACAUCGCUAAGUUGUGGACAUGUCAUCCCACCAGAGAAUCUUUGCGUGUGGACACUAGCCUCGAGCCAUCCAGGAUCACCACCGUUUGAGUUCAGCUUUAAACAACGGGGGAACAGAGAUAUGAUGAACCAGCUGGGCCUGUCAAUAUUGAAUGUUUGCAACAUUGUGCCGGAUGGUGUCGUCGUUUUCUUCCCAAGUUAUGGCUACCUUGACGAGAUAAUAAAAGUAUGGCAGCAGCCCCAAAACAGCAGCUCGCAAGCGAUAUGGGAUCGGCUGCAAGCUCGAAAAACAGUAUUCAGGGACACAAAGGGCGAAAGCAGCGACGAUGUGUUGCGAGACUAUUCGCAAGCGAUCCUGGGGACCAAACCGGCGGGAGAUAGGCGCACUGGAGCUUUGCUCCUAAGUGUCGUAGGUGGCAAGAUGUCAGAAGGGAUCAACUUUUCAGAUCGUUUGGGGCGAUGCGUAGUGGUUAUUGGGUUGCCCUACCCAAAUAUUGCAUCGCCGGACUGGAAGGCAAAGAUUGAGUACAUUGAGUCCACCAUCAAAGACCGACUCAUCACAGAAGGGCAAAACCCGAGCGAAGCGACGGCGCAAGCGAAGCAGGCCGCGCGAGACUUUUACGAAAACGCCUGCAUGCGAGCCGUUAACCAAAGUAUUGGUCGGGCAAUCCGACACCGUGGAGAUUAUGCCGCGAUCAUCUUAGUCGAUCGAAGGUACGGUACGGAUCGUAUCCGAGGCAAGCUGCCUGGAUGGAUUCGCGACGGCCUUGAGAAGGAUAGUAAUGAGAAGGGGAUAAGUGCGCUAAUGGGAGCGCUGGGAGGUUUCUUUCGCAAGAAGUCGCAAGGAAUGGCAAGCAGUUAA